UAUCUAUUAGUUGGCGCGGUUGGCGUAUACGCUGUCGUCAAAAUGUCGUUAUUGUCACCCGAGAUCUGCCAAUGCCCCCUAGAAGACUCCCCUUCAGCCCUAGUUGACGCUCCGCUCUACGGGGGCGCCAUACUGUUCAUGGUGCUCCUUGAGAAGUAUAUCAAAGGACGCUGCGCCAUCAACGACCCUUGCCGAAGAGUACACUCCGUGGACACGGUCGCUGCCGACUAUGACUUCAUAGUCGUCGGGGGCGGCUCGGCCGGUGCUAUAGUCGCUGGGCGCCUUUCAGAGAAUACCACGUUCAAUGUGAGUCCUUACCAAUGGCGUUGUGCCAUCAACGACCCUUGCCGAAGAGUACACUCCGUGGACACGGUCGCUGCCGACUAUGACUUCAUAGUCGUCGGGGGCGGCUCGGCCGGUGCUAUAGUCGCUGGGCGCCUUUCAGAGAAUACCACGUUCAAUGUACUUCUUCUGGAGGCCGGUGAUGAAGCGCCCGUCGCCACUCAAGUGCCUUCCUUCUACACCACAUUCUGGGGCGACGUUCGCUAUAACUGGGGGUUCCACACCGUUCCUGACAACUACUGUCUCAACCAAGAUGGCCAAGGCUGCUCGUGGCCUAUAGGCAAGGUUCUUGGUGGCUCUAGUGUGCUAAACGGCAUGAUGUACCACCGCGGCCACGCGGCGGACUAUGAGGACUGGGUGGAGGCGGGCGCCACGGGCUGGUCCUGGGAGGAGAACCUGCCAUACUUCGACAUGAACGAGGGCAACAAGCAGAUCGGCUCGCUAGUGAGCGCGGAAUACCACUCGGACAUAGGGCCGAUGCCCGUUCAACAGUUCAGACACCAGCCCCCGUUCACAUACGAGCUGCUGUCGGCCAUCAGCGAGGCUGGCCUGCCGGUUAUCGCCGAUAUGAACGAUCCCAACACUCCGGAAGGAUUCGCCGUGGCGCAGACCUUUAAUGAGAACGGGCAGAGAGUGACCCCGGCACGCGCUUACUUGAAGCCUCAAGCGGAACGUCCGAACCUUAGUGUAAAGGUGAAUGUCACCGUCACUAGAGUGCUGUUCGACGGCACGCAAGCUACCGGCGUGGAAUAUGUAGACAAGGACGGCGCGAUACACACCGUGGGGGCGAACAAAGAGGUCAUCCUCAGCGCAGGCGCCCUAAACUCUCCUCACAUCCUACUUCACUCCGGCAUCGGUCCCCGCGAAACGUUGGAAAAGUUCAACAUCCCAGUAAUAGCUGACCUGCCCGUGGGCCAGAACCUGCGGAACCACUACGGCAUGGCGCUGUUCUUUACGUUCACGAAGCUGAACAACACGAGGGUUUUGGACUGGAACGCGUUGACGGAGUAUCUGCUGGAGUUGAACGGGCCCAUGACGUCCACUGGGAUUACACAGUUGACGGGUCUGGCGUACUCCUCGCUCGCAGACCGCAGCCGCAAUCAGCCAGACCUGCAGUUCUUCUUCGGCGGCUUCAUCGCGGAUAAGUCCAUAAAUGGAGUGAUCAAUGAACCCGUACCGGACUCUCCUCAAGGACGCAACAUCACCGUCAACGCAGCUCUACUGUUGCCCCACGCCAUCGGAAACCUUACUCUAAACUCCUCUGAUCCCCUGGACCCGCCGCUGUUCUACCCUGGCUACUUCGAGGACCCCAGAGACUUGGUCAUGCUCAAGGAUGGAGCCAGAUACAUUCAGAGAAUUGUUAACACCACAGUCCUUAGAGACAAGUUCGGCGUAGAGGUAGACAGCCGCUUUAACUCCCAGUGUACCUCAGAGACGUGGUCGGAAGAAUGGCUGGAAUGCAUGGCGCGGGUGCAAACCGACCCGCAGAACCAUCAGAUUGGUACCGCAGCCAUUGGUACCGUGGUCGAUACGGAGCUCAGAGUCAACCAAGUCACAGGUCUACGAGUGAUCGACGCGUCCGUGAUGCCAACCCAAGUGAGCGGCAACCCACAAGGACCCGUCAUGAUGGUGGCCGAACGAGGGGCUGCCUUCAUCAAGAAGAACUGGGAACAGAGCCAGUAGGGAGCUAAGCCUAUAGUGACCCCGACACACCCUAUCUUUCUGACGAAGGAACUGUUUAAGCCCAUCGUCGAUCAUCUUCAGGCACUGAACCACAAAGUUAAAUCAAAAGUGGAAUUUGUAUGAAUAAUGUU